AUGAGUGUCAAAAAUGGCAAUUGCAAGAAAUUGUCCAGUAAAUCGUCUAGAGCUGUGUCAUCUGCUGUAGGACUGCUGUUGCUGCUGGCAUUCGUGGCAUACACCAGUCGUGACGCAGUGCACAGAUAUGGAACAAAACCUCAGCAAAACGUCGCUGCAUUAUUGGUCGCGGGCACCGCAGAAAACGAAGACCUCACAUCUGCAUCUAGCAUCACAGCCACACGGGCAGUGCCAGAAACUAUAGCGUCCGGUCUGGACGUAGACGACUCCAAAGAGGUGGAACAGAUUUUCUCGGACAUCAAACUCGAUAUCGGCGAGUCCGGACGUCAUACGGGCCACAGACGUGCAACUGCAACCCGUGUGGCUUCCCCUGCAGAAAUAGUACAGUCCGAAGUGGUACACGGACCUCGUAACUACAAGCCUGGCCGUCCAAGUUUCGACCCGGUACUGAAUUUCCACGAAAUCUUGAAUGCAUCGCCCGUGGUGGUGUUUGUGAACUCGAACGAGGAAUCCCAGCAGCUACGCAUGCUACUGCAAAACCACUACGAAAUCUCGCCUCCUCCUGUCGUGGUAGACCUCGAAAAACACUCCAAAGGCGCACAGCUGGAAACGUUUAUCGAAAACUAUAAACUGGAACGAGUUUCUAGCGACGAGGAGACCAAGGAAUCUCAAAACGGCAUGCACGAUGCUCCAUACCUGUUCAUCAACGGCCAGUCCGUGAUAAACAGAGGCUUCCACUCCGACAUUCACAAUUUGCAUAUCCACAGUACUCUACUGGAAAAGUUGAGAUCAGUGGCCGAUGGUAACGUUAUGAUUCACCGCAACAACGUCCCAUCCAAUUCAUAG